ACGAUACUAACCUGUACUUUGUGCAUGCUGAUCGUUUUAGUUGUCGAGUUGCGAGUUACGAGUUAUCAAAUUUUUUUGUUAAUAAUUCUACAUAAACAAAAAAAUAUGCCUUUAUUUAUGUAAAUCUAUAUUUUAAAUGUAAAGAUAUAGAAAUAAUUUCCUACAUAAUAGAAUAUUUUGUAGAGAGACGAACAGGAAAUAUUAGUCACUGUGAUAUAAACAUUUAAUCAUUGUCACUGAUACCUAGAUUAUAUUACAUUAAAGAGUAUGUCAGGGAAAGGUAAACAAAGUUCUAAGAAAGCUGUUGGCAAAGUACGUGAAUGUGGCAAAACUGCAGAAACAUCAGUGCCUAAUGCUGAUAUGAGUCCUAGUGGAACAGAAUCUAUAAUGUCAAUACCUAUUUUAAAAAUAGCUGAUAACAGUCGACUACUUCCAAGAUAUGCUAGUAUCUUACAGCGUACAACAGAAGAUAGUGUAGGUAUGGAAGAUUUGGAUGCUUUGCAAUUAGAACUGGAAACUCUUCUUUCAUCGGUAGUAGUAAGACAUCGAAUGCUUCAAGAUGAAAUAACAAGUUUAUCUUCAGCAGAAGAGCGUAGAGAUAAAAGAUCGAAGAGUGGAAAAGGUUUGUCACUUCUUGAUAGAAAAGUUAGAGAAGAAAAAUUUAAGCCUAAAGAAAUAAGCACCAAAACGCAAACAUCUGUUUCUACUAAACUUUUAAAACAAAAAACAUCAGGGAAUUUAGGGAACCAAGCAAUUCCAAAUCUACAUGAUAUAGGAAAAAUAGAAGGAUCUAAAUCCGACGUCCCAAAAUUAUUAUUACCAAAGAACGAUACGCCUAAUAAAUUUUGGGCUUCUGUAGAUCCUUAUUGUACGGACAUUAUGCCAGAUGAUAUUAAGUUAUUGGAAGAGUUAAUUACAAUGCAUAGUGAUCUAAGCGAAUAUAAAAAAAUACCACCAUUAGGUCGUCACUAUAGCGUAAUCUGGGCACAUAAUGAUUUGUUGCAAGAAGAAGACGCAGCCAAUCCAAAUAGAGAGAAGAAAAAGAAUCGUCAGGAUGUGUCUCUUUUAGUACCUAAAGGGGAUAAGAAAAUGAAUGGCAUUGCUGGACCUUUAACUCAAAGGCUAGUUUCUGCAUUACUAGAAGAAAAUGUAUUUGUUGCAAAUAAUAAUAUGGAUAAUAAAUUAUUUAGAAAUAAUGAUCCACCAGUUCUUAGAGAUUUAACGAUACAAAAUUCAAUGAAUUUGGAAAUUAGAAUGCACAAGGAAUUAAUAGAACAAGGCAUACUAGACUCGGAUGGGCAGAAAAAAAAUCAGGAUGAUGAUGAAAUACUUACAGAAAUCAAAAGAUGUCAACAAGAACUAUCUGCUUUAUCUAAUCAUAAUGUUACCCAAUUGAAAAGACUGUUAAAUCUUGCACAGGAGGAAAGUAAAAGACAAGCACUUAAAAGAAAAAUUGCUACAGCGGAUAAUGAAGUUAUAGAAAAUUAUAAAAAGUUAAUUCUUUCUAAACAAAGAAAAGUACCAUUGACAAAAAAAGAACAAGAUAAGGCUUGGAUGUGUUUGCGAGAAAGAGAGAACUUAUUAAGUCAACUUAAUAUGCUACCGCAAAACAACCUCGAUACUUUGAGUUUUUCUAAUUCAAUUUAAUUAACUAUAAAUUUUAUGUAAUAUAU